AUGACUACCUCGGAUUUAGAUCAGCUCAUUGAAAUGGGCUUUGAUCGAGAAAGGGCUGAGCUGGCAGUGAAGAAGAGUGGUGGGCUUCAAGACGCGCUCGAAUGGCUGGAAGCAAACCAAGACAAAUCUCUAGAGGAUAUCAAGACGGCGGAAACGCAAGCCGGGGAUGAUGAAGAAGGUCCAGCGCUCCAGCCCGGCGAGGAAGCCCACAGUUUGGUCUGCAAUGAAUGCGGAAAGAAGUUCCGAAGCCAUGCACAAGCAGAAUUCCACGCUUCGAAGACCCAGCAUGUUGAUUUUGCGGAAUCAACCGAAGAGAUUGCCCCCUUGACAGAGGAAGAAAAGAAAGCAAGACUCCAAGAGCUUAGGGAGAGGCUAGCAGCUAAGCGUGCGGUGCAGUCUGAACAGGACAAGAUUGAAAAAAAGCGGAAUGAGGAAAUUCGAAGGAAAGCCACUAAGGAAUCUCAAGAUGCCAAGGAAGAGCUUCAGAGGAAGCAGAUGCUGAAAGAGGCUGCGCAAAAGAAGAAGGACAAGCAGGAUGAAAUUGAAGCCAAACGUCGUGUCAAGGCCAAGAUUGAAGCGGAUAAGGAGGAGCGGCGAUUGAAGGCCGAGCGUGAAAGGGCUGGACGUGCUGGCGUCGCACCUCCUGCUCAGCCAGCCUCCGUACCAUUGCCGACAACAUCUGGCCCUGUAGCCUCCAAACCUGCUUCUGCUUACACAGAAACUCGCCUUAGAUUUCAGACGCCUAAGGGAAGCAUUAUGAAAACACUACCAGUUACUACGACGUUAUUCGAGGUUGCUGCAGCUUUGAGCAAGGAAGACGGUGUUGAAGUCAAUAGCUUCCGCCAAAACUUCCCUAAGAAAGUGUUUGAUGCUGAAUUUUUCGGCGAAUCACUGAAAGAUCUCGGACUUGUCCCUAGCGCAAGCCUUGCUGUUGAGUGA